AUGACCGAGAUCCUUCAGACACUCACUGUUCAUCUAAAUGUGGUGUUCCAGACCUUAUUCGACCAUAUCAACAGGAGUUUGGAUGCUCUUUCGCUGCCAGCAGCAAGACUCCGUCUGAUUCCGGAGGAGAUCGAUAGCAGGGUGUUCCAGCUGGAAUCGACCAAACGCUGGAUGAAAUACUUUGCAACCUGGAGCCGAGAUUGA